AUGAUGGUUGUCGCAAUGAUGAUCAUGAACCCGCUCAAAGGCAUCAUGUCCAUGCACGGAGAUGACGGUGUUCGUGCUGUGCCACUUGGCCUGCAUCGCGCUCGGCCUGUACAAAUGCUGGAGCAUGGACACAACCUCUUACCCCGUACCUUGUUCCACCACACGUACCACCCCAGAAUAGAAAUAAACAAGAAAGAUCCUACGGACCAGUUCAUAGAUCGCUGCAGACCACGUCCAAACACAACUUGGAUGGUUCCCACGCUGGCAGCCGUGGCCAUGCCCAUCAACAAGCUGCUCCGUGCACAAGGCCCAUGGAGCCUCGAUAUUACACUGGCAUUCACGUGGCGCCGAUUGAACUUCCGUGGUACCUCCAUGACCGCCAAUACUAGCGACAGUGUCCAGAAUGUCCUCGUGCUAGGCGGAAGCUAUGGUGAUCUCUACGUCUUUCCACGCUUUAUGGUGGUUCCUGGACACGAGCACAAGGCAUUCGUACCAUGCACAAGUAUCUAUGCCAGUGCACCCACUCGCAGUACCUCGAAGUUCCAUUUGCAGGAGCUCGCUGGUGAUACUGCUUCCGUCACGGCAAAUUACACAGACACCAGCGCGAUUUCCCUCCGUUCCAGUGAAAAAAAUGUUCCUUUUGAUGCGCCUAGCAUGGAGCGAGCUAUUAUCGAAGACCACAACUCACUCGUGGAUACGAAAAAUAAGAAUGAGCGCGCUGGUCUGGAGGUGGCCGAUGUGACGGGUUUGGUCCAAGGCCUGAAUGUAACGAAUGAAGCAGAAUCGACCGAUCCCUACAACAACGCUGAACCUCAUUUAUUUGUAUGCGGGGAGGUGCUGGAUAUCCAUGACUCCUAUGUAACUGUUCGUCAACACGGACCAACUCUUGCAGGCACUCAGACUAGCGACUCAUUCAAGGAUUCAACUUCACGCAAACAUCUCUGGACGAUUGAUGCCAUCCAUAUACCCUAUUCACAUCUUAUCUAUGCUCUUGGUUCACACAUGCCCGAACCCCUUCGACAUGACUCGUACACUAAGAAGGACGGCAUCCACUGGAUGAAAGACUAUCAGCAGCGUGUACACGAAAGCAACGAAAUCAUCAUUGUAGGUGGUGGUGCUCUUGGUGUUGAGAUGGCCACCGACAUUAAGUCUCUAGCGAACCGUGAAGGUCUUCAAAAGAAGGUAACAUUGAUUCACUCUCGGCAACAACUGCUCCCCAACUUUGAUCCGCAAAUCCAUGAAGUGGCAUUGAAGCGUCUGAAGGAACUCGGCGUUAACGUUAUUUUGGGUCACAGACUUGCCAUGACAGAGGGUUGCCCUAUGGGAAGUACUAUCACCCCUAUGGACAAAGGUAUAAGCAAUGAUGCCACAGCGCCUGAUGGGAUCACUCCUGUUCAAGGCUCUCGACGACAACGAAUCCGAACCACUCUUGGUUUGGAGCUGGACCUCCAGGUGAUGGUUCCACAAGAUCAUGAUGCAUUGCAGCAGCCGUUUGACACAGUUCCUCCCUGCAAGGACUGCGACUGCUUCCUCGACAAAAAGUCUGCUGGAGCCUCAAUGGAUAUGUCGGCGGAGCUCGAAAGCAUGCCAGCUCACUUCUCCAAUAUUUAUGCCAUUGGUGAUGUGGCUGAUGCUUUUGGUGCGCUGAAUGCUGGUUACCAAGCCUGGUUCAUGGCCGAAGUGGCAGUUGAAAACAUAUUGCGUGACAUUCUACGAGUCAAAUCGACGGAGGACAUGUCCGAGCGACUUUCUGACGAUCAACCCGUGCCGCUCAAACACUUCAAGCCGGGCCCUCCCCUUUUAAAACUAUCGCUCGGAUUGAAUGUCACGGCCACCCAGGGUGCCCCCCAACCGGACGAAUCAAAGCCAGGUAAACCCAUGCGGCCUACAGUUACGGUCUCGAACGAGCCGGAGGACAUGGAUGUGGCUUUAGUCUGGAAGAGCAUGGCCAACAUGGACACCUCUGACAUGAUGCUGUAA